AUGGGAGUGAAAACUUGGAGAAUUGCGGCUCGUGUUGACGGUGAGGCGAAGUCCAACCACAUGCAGAAGGCCGAUGAUGUCUUUGUACGGGGACCAUUAGUGGUGUUCUCCUCCAUGUUUUUAGUGAGAACAUAUCGUGGAGGCGGGAAAAGUGAUAUCCUAUGCUUGACGCUGUGCUUCCCAGGAUAUGGAUUUCUGGUGGAAGAUCCCUGCAAGUCAUGUCUCAGUUGUGUAUGCGGGUGCAGAGCUUCUUCGUGCCCCCGGCUCCAGAUAUGGCAUCUCUGGAAUCCAAGAGUGAGUGCAAGGGCAUCGUGGAAGCUGAAGCGGGGAAAGGAGGCCUCUUGUGCCGGGGUAUUCCGUCACCGAUCAAAAUUCAGAGUGACUCUUCAAGGAGGCCAAGCGGAUGACCUUUCCUCUUUCUUCACCAAGGCCCUCGUCAAUGGUUGCAAGAAGGGAGGGAAGACUGUGAAGUGGGCAGACGAGUUCAUUCUCUUGAUCGAACGCUCAAUACGUGAGAUGAAUCAGUUUCCUUCAAGGAAUAUCUACUUCUCUCGUCGCGCUACGUAA